UUCGGUCUCGCGAGCCCCGGUGCUAGCGAGCUAAUGCUAGCUACAUGUCCAACGUUGAAGUGACUGUUACUGAAGCGGCGCGUGUAUUGUCAUGGAAACAAUAACUGCUAUGUAACGUUAGCUUACACCGCGUCGGUGACAUUGUCACCGGUGGAGGCUAAAACAUCUUUUAACGGCACUUUCAGCCGUUAGCCGGUAACUAUACGUUGACAUUGAGUUCACGAGGACCCUUGACGGUCUGGGGUUUUACGUUACAUCCAACGUUAACCUCGGCUUGCGACAUACAUGUGUUUAACGUAAACCGUUUGCUCGUUAACGUGGCCAGCAUCCGGUUAAAUGGAUUCCAUUCUGGGCAUUGCGAGCGCCUUAAGCCGAAACGUUAGGUUUGCCACAUGAGGCUCGGCAGCGUGCCACACAGUGUGCCAGGGACACGGCGACAGGAAGCAGCACAGGGCACCAACUGAAGCCAUUUAAUCAGCUUGCCAGCUAGUGGUGUGUGAUCUGGAGGGAGAGGCAAGGACAGCAGGGAACAUGGAGCUGUCAGAUGGCUUGUUGCUGCAGGUCAACAAUGGAGAGCAGUGGUGUAACCGCUGGAAACAUCCCAACGAUGACUCGGACCGCAGCACCAGCCCCUCAGUCCUGCGCUGCGUCGCCAGCACGUGGAAGGAGGGCCUGCUGAACAGGAAGAGGCCCUUUGUGGGCCGCUGCUGUCACUCCUGUACACCACAGAGCUGGGAGAAACUGUUCAACCCCAGUAUUCCAUCUCUGGGACUGCGCAACGUCAUCUACAUUAAUGAGACCCACACCAGGCAGCGGGGCUGGCUGGCUCGCAGGCUGAGUUAUGUACUGUUUGUCAUGGAGAGAGAUGUCAACAAGGACAUGUUCACCAGGAACGUAGUGGACAACGUGCUCAACAACAGCAGGGUGGAGAGUGCUAUUGUGAACGUAGCCACAGACCUGGACGCUGCAGCCAGCCAGCCUGGCCAGGAUCACAAAGCAGUCAAUAAAGUGAAGCAGAAAGCCAGGGCCUUUCUUCAGGAGAUGGUGGCCAACAUUUCACCAGCCUUUAUCAGGCUGACAGGGUGGGUCCUCCUGAGGCUCUUUAAUGGUUUCUUCUGGAGCAUCCAGAUCCACAAGGGCCAGCUGGAAAUGGUCAAGAAAGCAGCUACAGAGCAAAACGUGCCCAUGGUCUUCCUCCCUGUGCACAAAUCCCACAUCGACUACCUGCUCAUCACCUUGAUCCUGUUCUGUCACAACAUCAAAGCCCCACACAUCGCUGCUGGAAACAACCUGAGCAUCCCCAUCCUCAGCACCCUUAUCCGCAAACUCGGAGGAUUCUUCAUACGACGGAAAAUGGAGGAGACGGGGGAUGGGAAGAAAGACAUUUUGUACAGAUCACUCUUACAUGCAUAUACAGAGGAGUUGUUGCGUCAGCAGCAGUUCUUGGAGGUCUACCUGGAGGGCACCCGCUCCCGCAGCGGUAAGCCGUCCACAGCGCGUGCAGGCAUGCUGUCCAUCGUGGUAGACACAAUGUGCACCGGGUCGAUCGCAGACGUGCUGGUGGUGCCAGUUGGCAUCUCUUACGAUCGGAUUAUUGAGGGCAACUACAAUAGCGAACAGCUGGGCAAACCUAAGAAGAACGAGAGUUUGUGGGGAAUAGCGUGCGGAGUGUUCAGGAUGCUGAGGAAGAACUACGGUUGCGUCCGAGUCGACUUCAACCAGCCCUUCUCCUUAAAGGAGUACCUGGACAGCCAGAGAAGCCGCCAUAUUCCACCAGCAGUGUCCCUGGAGCACACCCUGAUGCCCAUCAUUAUUUCUGCGCAACCUGACGCUCAGCUGUUUGAGGGGCAGGAGGUGGAGCAGCUCAACAGAGAGCUGCCCGAGGAAAUCUUAAGGCGACAAGUUAUUAACAACCUGGCCAAGCACGUCCUCUUCACGGCUAAUAAGUCCUCAGCGAUCAUGUCCACCCACAUCGUGGCCUGUCUGCUGCUGUAUAGACACAGACAGGGUGUGGUUCUGUCCAAGCUGGUGGAGGACUUCUUCAACAUGAAGGAGGAGAUCCUGUCACGGGACUUUGAUCUGGGCUUUUCGGGGAACUCGGAGGACGUGGUCAUGCGUGCCCUCCACCUGCUGGGAAACUGCGUCAACGUGACCAGCAGUGCGAAUCGCAACGGAGAGUUCACCAUCGCGCCCAGCCAGACUGUUCCAGCACUUUUCGAGCUCAACUUCUACAGCAACGGCCUUUUCCAUGUCUUCAUCUCUGAUGCAAUCAUCGCGUGCAGCGUCCUGUCACUGCAGCGAGAGCUGGUGUUGGAGUCAGAGUCUGAUCAGCCGCCCGAUGGUCUCAGCAGCCUCCCUCUCAGUCAGGAGAGACUCAUCCGGAAGGCCGCCGGGCUCUCGCACUUCCUCAUCAAUGAGGUGGCAGUGGCACCACCCUGUCAGACUAUUUACCAGGUGUUUCAUGAUGCAGUGACCCGGCUGAUCCAGUAUGGAGUUCUCUACGUAGCAGAGGAGGACCAGGAGGAACUGAGUCCCAGCCCCACAGAGGAGCCUUGGCCCAAAAAGUUCCCGGAGCCCCUUUCAUGGAGGAGCGACGAGGAGGACGAGGACAGCGACUUUGGAGAGGAGCAGAGAGAUCGCUAUCUGAAGGUGAGCGUUUCGGCAGAACAUCAGGAGUUCUUCGUCUUCCUUCAGCGACUCGUCAGCCCGGUGCUGGAGGCCUACAGCGGGGCUGCCAUCUUUGUCCACAGUCUGAGUCAGCCCAUGACUGAGUCCGACUACACCCAGAGGCUCUUCAGAUACCUGCUCACCCGCACAGAGAGAGGAGUGGCUGCUUAUGGUGAAAGUGCAACUCAUUACCUGGUUAAGAACACAGUGAGGACAUUCAAAGAGCUUGGGGUCCUGAAGCAGAGAACAGAGAACCAGGUGACGACUCUGGAGCUGAGCAGCACCUUUCUACCUCAGGCCAAUCGGAACAAACUCCUGCAGUACAUCUUAGGUUUCACCCUGCUGUGACCGACCGACACACCUUUCAGCCCAGCUCAGACCCCAGGCUCCUUCCAACAAAGGGCUUCUACUGGUUACUCCUAAACGAUCCCAGGUGCUACUCUGUGGAAAGCUUUACCAGGAAGUGCCUUCACGUAACAGCCGCUAACUGUUCACUGUUAGCCGGAAGAGACUUGAAGCCAGUCUUCCCUUUUUUUGUUCCAGUCUACGGCUCCCCGUCUUAGAACUGCGCAGCUGAUAAAACACAAGUAUCGUCCUUCGAUGAGGUACCUCUAGGAAUCAUCCUCUCUUUGUGAACUUUGCCAGCGAAGUCAUGGGGUUUUAAUACGGUCAGAGUUUUAAACGGUCCGAAAAUAUACUCAAGCAGGUUAGCGAAUAAGAAUCACUUUUACAGCAGUCUGAACAAAGCAAGCUGCCUUUCGUCUAUACAAGUGAACAAGCAAAAUAUGCAUAGAAAAUAAUGGUGAACAUAGCCAACAACAGAAGCAUUUUUAUGUUGACUUUGCUUGUUUGUAAAUCUGCUACGUUCUGUUCAGUGCACUCCACUAUCAUAGAGUAGAUAAUCAUGUCCAAGUGUAGUUUGAUGGAAGGCUAAUUAUGUAUAUAGGCCACAAGAAUGAUGUCUGACGUGUAGUGCAUUUAAACACAUGCACUGUGGUGUCAUAAUAACGUAGGAACAUUAGAUAGGAAGAUUCGUCCCUGCAGAGUGCACACAUAUCCAAAUUUUCAUUCACAAAACUAAAUGUCAAAAACUAACCCUCCUUAUAGACAGCUUCGGUCAGUUAUACUGCACAGCUACAAGUUUAAGAUAUCAAAAAUAUACGCAGCAAGUCAGUUCAGCUGAGCGGAAAUAUCAACACAAAAUGUACCUGUUGAGGGUCCGGCGCAGCUGAAGGCUGAAAUCACACACGUCCACAGUCAAGUGCAUUCAAACCACUGAUAUCUAAGUGCAUUCAGUUCCACUUUUCAUCAUGUGUUUUGGCGAAAAGUGACUUUGAUCUCUGUUUGCGUAACACUCCUUUUCACCUGUCGAUGAAUGUUACAUAGCACAGCACUGAAAAUACUUAAUACCAGCCAUCACAUCCACUUACGUUUGAACACAGCGUGCUCAGAAACUCUUUGGUUAUGCCUUUCAGGGAGAGUUUUGGGAUCACCUCCAUUUUUUUCUUGUAUUAUAAACUCACUGUAUAAAAGCCGUUCUCAGCAUCACUGCGAAGAGAGCAGUUAAGUUCCCAAUGGUUUGACGUUCGCAAAACAGAGGAACUGCACAGUGUGGUAAAAACAAAUGGUACAUAUCCACUGUGCAGUCCGUUUGAACAAAAGGUCAAGAUAGUGUCUGUUGUACUGUUGAAGGAAGGACAGGACGUCUUUCUCCUUUGUUUACUUUUAAAUGCAGAAAUAAUAGUCCUCAGCUGUCAGGUUAGCUUUUCUUUAAUAUUCUUGUUUCAGUGCUUCACUUGAAAUGAAAAUCUAUUUAAAUCAACCACUAAAGCCGAGUUUCCACCAAACACUUUCAGUAUAUUACCCUCAGAACCGUAUGUAACCUGUACAGACGUGUACCUGAACUGAACUGUUCUGCGUUUCCACGUCAAACAGUGCUCUUAUUACGUAGGCGGGGUUGUUAACAGAUGGUAAUAGCUGCAUCUCUCGCUGUGUUUCCUCUUCACCGUCGAUCCAGAGGAACGUCUCCACCUCGCUGAUCGUCCACAAAAUGGGGUCGUGAGACAAUUUCAGAACAAAAAAAGAGCAGGCUGCAGUGAUUAGAGUGGAGCAGUGGUGUAGCACUGCUGGAGCACACAGGGACGACGCUAGGCCAUUGUUUUUUUUCUCCAAGUGAGGAAGUAAAAUAUUCACAGUUCACAUAAUGUGGCUAAAAUUCAUAAACACUUUUUUAAGCACUUAAAGAUCUAAUCAUGACGAAAGCAUGUGUCAUGCAAGAGGGCCUAUAAAAAGAAAUGGAAUGGUCCCAGUCAUAUUGAAAGGAGCAGUGUGUAAGAUUUAGGGGGAUUAAAAUUCCUUUGGUGUUCAUUGUUCAGGAGGUUUUUACCUGGAACCAAUUUAUCCGCAGGUCUCCUCCUCUCCGAAAUGAACAGAUCAGCUGAUUAAAACACGUUACUAACUAGUGGUUCUUCUACACUGUUUGGCACAUUGCAGACGAGCCUGCAAGAUGAAAAUCAUCCAAACAUCCAGGGUUCCUGAUUCGAACCAAGGGUGGGGAAGUGUGCAUGUUCACCCUGUGUCAGCGUGGGUUUUCUCCGGGUACUCCGGCUUCCUCCCACAGUCCAAAGACAUGCAGGUUAAUUGGUGUUUUUUGCCAGCCUUUUUUUUUUUUUUCUGGUUGUCUGUCUCUAUGUGUCAGCCCUGUGAUAGUCUGGUGACCUGUCCAGGGUGUACUUCACCUCUCGCCCAAUGUCAGCUGGGAUAGGCUCCAGCCCCCCUGCGACCCCUAACAGGAUAAGCGGUUAUGGAAAUGAAUGAGUCACUAAUGUGUGUGUAAACUUGCCACUGAAGGAACAGUGUUCACAGUCCACUGUAGUCUGAGCAACCAAUCAAUGGACUGCUUGCGUUUCUAGCUCCGCCUUUUAGUGUCCGAUCAGUGUGCUUGGUACCUCAACAGAGGGGUGACGAGAAGAUGGUGUGGAUUGGAACAGUUCUGUUGGUACCAUCCACGUGACAAUUGAAAAAUAAACAUAAUAUGUUACGAACUGACCUGAGCCGGACUGCUUGGUGGAAACACGGCUUAAAUAGAUAAAAAGAAAGUUUUUGUUCCAAAAUGCUCAUGUUAAAUAAAAAAGAAAA